AUGUCCUCAUCGGGUGAAGAGAAAGAAAGGUACUCAAAAUCGCAUGACGAUUCUCAUAGUGAUGCUGGAUCCUAUGCUGAUUCAGCUGUCUCAUAUGAGGUUCCAAGAGAAAUUGACGAAAAUCAAGAUGUCAAUACUCAAUUAUCACGUCAUUUAUCUAACAUAUUAUCCAACGAAGAAGGUAUUGAAAGAUUACAAUCUAUGGCAAGAGUCAUUUCCACAAAAACUAAAAAGGAAAUGGACAAGUUCGAAGUUAAUGAACUAGAUUUCGAUUUACGUUCUUUAUUGAAUUAUUUAAGAUCUCGUCAAUUAGAACAAGGUAUAGAGCCAGGUGAUUCAGGUGUUGCAUUCAGGAACUUAACUUCUAUUGGUGUUGAUGCUUCUGCAGCUUACGGUCCAAGUGUUGAAGAAAUGUUGAGAGAUAUAGGUAAUUUGCCAGCUCAUUUAUUAAAUGUCUUCAAGAAAAAAGGUGAUGUCCCAUUGAGAAAAAUUAUUCAAAAUUGUACUGGUGUUGUUGAAUCUGGUGAAAUGUUAUUUGUUGUCGGUAGACCAGGUGCAGGUUGUUCUACCUUAUUGAAAACCAUCUCAGGUGAAACUGGUGAUAUGGUUGAAGUUCAAGGUGAUUUCUCCUACGAUGGAUUGGAUCAACAAGAAAUGAUGUCAAAAUACAAAGGUUACGUUGUUUACUGUCCAGAAUUAGAUUUCCAUUUCCCAAAGAUUACUGUUAAGGAAACCAUUGAUUUUGCAUUAAAAUGUAAAACUCCAAGAACAAGAAUUGAUAAUAUGACUAGAAAGGAGUAUGUUGAUAGUCUAAGAGAUUUAUGGUGUACUGUUUUCGGUUUAAGACAUACUUAUGCAACAAAUGUCGGUAAUGAUUUCGUUAGAGGUGUCUCUGGUGGUGAACGUAAACGUGUUUCUUUAGUCGAAGCUCAAGCAAUGGGUGCUUCUAUUUAUUCUUGGGAUAAUGCCACUAGAGGUUUAGAUGCUUCUACUGCCUUAGAAUUUGCUCAAGCUAUUAGAACUGCAACAAAUAUGAUGAAUAAUUCUGCUAUUGUCGCUAUCUAUCAAGCAGGUGAAAAUAUCUAUGAAUUGUUCGAUAAGACUACCGUAUUAUACAAUGGUAGACAAAUCUAUUUCGGCCCUGCUGAUCAAGCUGUUGGUUACUUUGAAAGAAUGGGUUGGGUUAAACCAAAUAGAAUGACAUCUGCUGAAUUCUUAACUUCCGUUACUGUCGAUUUUGAAAAUAGAACUUUGGAUAUUAAGCCAGGUUUUGAAGAUAAAGUUCCAAAAUCCGGUAGUGAAUUUGAAACAUAUUGGUUAAAUUCCGCUGAAUAUCAACAAGUUUUACAGGAAUAUGAAGAUUAUCACAACAGACAUGCCCCUGAAGAAACCAGAGAUAGAUUAGAAGUUGCUAAAAAACAAAGAUUACAAAAAGGUCAACGUGGUUCUUCUCAAUUUGUUGUCAAUUACUGGACCCAAGUGUAUUACUGUAUGAUUCGUGGUUUCCAGAGAGUUAAAGGUGAUUCCACAUAUACAAAGGUUUAUUUGUCAUCUUUCUUAAUCAAAGGUUUAAUUGUUGGUUCUAUGUUCCAUAAUAUCGAUAAUAAAAAGCAGUCUACUACUGAAGGUGCUUAUUCUCGUGGUGGUUUAUUAUUCUAUGUCUUAUUAUUUGCUUCCGUUACUUCCUUGGCUGAAAUUGGUAAUUCAUUCGCUACAAGACCAAUUGUUGUCAAACAUAAAUCUUAUUCGAUGUACCAUAUAUCCGCCGAAUCACUACAAGCUAUUAUAACUGAAUUCCCUGUUAAGUUUCUCGCUAUUUUAAUUUUAUCCUUUGUCAGUUAUUGGAUUCCUGUCUUGAAGUAUGAAGCUGGUGCUUUCUUUCAAUACAUUCUUUAUUUGCUUACUGUCCAACAAUGUACUUCAUUUAUCUUCAAAUUUGUCGCAACUACUACAACUGAUGGUGUCACUGCUCAUGCUACUUGGGGGGUCUAUGGGUUUUUGAUUCUUUGUAUUUAUGCUGGUUUCGUUUUACCAAUGGGUCAGAUGCAUCACUGGAUUAAAUGGAUUCAUUUUAUAAAUCCUUUAACUUAUGCCUUCGAAAGUUUAAUGUCUACUGAAUUCCAUGGAAGAGAAAUGCUAUGUAGUCAAUUGAUUCCUAGCGGUCCUGGCUAUGAAAAUGUUUCGAUUGCUAAUCAAAUCUGUAAUUCCGCUGGUGCUGUCAAAGGGCAAUUAUAUGUCAAUGGUGAUGCUUAUAUAGAUAAAAGUUACCAUUUUGGUUAUGAUCAUGCCUGGAGAAGUUGGGGUAUCAAUAUCGUCUGGACUUUCUUCUACAUUGUCUUGAAUGUCAUUUUAUCCGAAUACUCGAAGCCUUUGGCUGCUGGUGGUGAUUUAUUAUUGUAUAAGAGAGGUCAUAUGCCAUCCUUUGGUACUGAAAGUGCAGAUGCUAAGACUGCUUCAAGAGAAGAAAUGAUGGCUGCCUUAAAUGGUCCUGAUGUCGAUUUAGAAAAAGUUAUCGCUAGUAAGGACGUUUUUACAUGGAAUCAUUUGAACUACACAAUCCCAUACGACGGUGCUACAAGACAAUUACUUUCCGAUGUUUUUGGUUAUGUUAAACCUGGUAAGAUGACUGCUUUAAUGGGUGAAUCCGGUGCUGGUAAGACAACUUUAUUGAAUGUUUUGGCUCAAAGAAUUAAUAUGGGUGUUAUUACUGGUGAUAUGUUGGUGAAUGCCAAACCUUUACCUGCUUCCUUCAAUAGAUCCUGUGGGUAUGUCGCACAAGCUGAUAACCAUAUGGCCGAAUUAUCUGUUAGAGAAUCUUUAAGAUUUGCUGCUCAAUUAAGACAACCUAACUCUACCCCAUUAGAAGAGAAGAUGGAAUAUGUUGAAAAAAUUAUUACUUUAUUAGGUAUGCAAAACUAUGCUGAAGCUUUGGUUGGUAAAACUGGUAGAGGUUUAAAUGUUGAACAAAGAAAGAAGUUAUCUAUUGGUGUUGAAUUGGUUGCUAAACCUUCCUUACUAUUGUUCUUGGAUGAACCUACCUCUGGUUUGGAUUCACAAUCUGCUUGGUCUAUUGUUCAAUUUAUGAGAGCAUUAGCUGAUUCUGGUCAAUCUAUUCUUUGUACAAUCCAUCAACCUUCCGCUACAUUAUUUGAACAGUUCGAUAGGUUGCUGUUGUUGAAGAAGGGUGGUAAGAUGGUUUAUUUCGGUGAUAUUGGUCCAAAUUCUGCAACCUUAUUGAAUUAUUUUGAACGUCAAUCUGGUGUUAAAUGUGGUGUCUCUGAAAAUCCAGCUGAAUAUAUUUUGAAUUGUAUUGGUGCAGGUGCUACCGCUAGUGCUAGUGCUGAUUGGCAUGACUUGUGGCAAGCCUCUCCUGAGUGUGCUGCUGCUAGAGAAGAAGUUGAAGAACUUCAUCGUGUUUUACCAUCUAGACCAACAACUGAUGACCCUGAAUUGGCUGGUAGAUUUGCUGCCUCUUUUAGUACUCAAAUGAAAUGUGUUUUACAUAGAACGUACUUGCAAUUCUGGAGAUCUCCUGUCUAUAUUAGGGCCAAAUUCCUGGAAUGUGGUUCAUGUGCUUUGUUCAUUGGUUUAUCUUACUUACAUGUUAAACAUACUGUUGGUGGUGCUACUGCUGCUUUCUCAUCUAUUUUUAUGGUUUUAAUUAUUGCCUUAGCCAUGAUUAAUCAAUUACAUGUGUUUGCUUACGAUAGUAGAGAAUUAUAUGAAGUCAGAGAAGCUGCUUCCAAUACUUUCCAUUGGAGUGUUCUAUUGCUAUGUCAUUUCCUAGUUGAAUGUGGUUGGACCAUGGUUUGUCAAUUUGUUUGUUGGAUCUGUUACUACUGGCCAGCUGGCUAUAACGGUAGUGCUCCGCAUGCUGGUUUCUUCUUCUUUUUCUAUGUCUUAGUUUUCCCAAUUUAUUUCGUUUCUUACGGUCUAUGGAUCUUGUAUUUCUCACCAGAUGUUCCCUCUGCUUCAAUGAUCAACUCUAACUUAUUUGCUGCCAUGUUAUUAUUCUGUGGUAUUCUUCAACCUAAAUCUAAGAUGCCAGGUUUUUGGUGGUUUAUGUAUAGAACUUCUCCAUUAACUUAUGUUGUUGAAGCUCUUGUUGGUCCUUUAGUCCAUGGUAAGAAAGUUAUUUGUGAUCCUCAUGAAUUAGCCGUCAUGGACCCUCCAUCCGGUCAAAACUGUGGUGAUUACCUAAAUAGAUACAUUACAGAUAAUACUGGUUAUUUGCUAAACCCCUCUGCUACAGAAAACUGUGAAUAUUGUCCUUAUAGUGUUCAAGAUGAAGUUGUUGCAAGAUUCGAUGUUAAAUGGCAUCAUAGAUGGAGAGAUUUUGGUUUCAUGUGGAUUUACAUUUGUUUCAAUAUAUUUGCCAUGUUAGCUUGUUACUACAUUAUGAGAGUCAAAGUUUGGUCAUUAAAGUCUGUUCUUGACUUCAAGAGUUGGUUCAAUGGUCCAAGAAAAGAAAGACAUGAAGCUGACACCAAUGUUUUCAAAGCUACUCCAGCUGAUGAACAAAAGGUCAAGAAGCAAUGA